AUGGUUUCAAGCGUGACCAGAUGUGCUUUAGCAAGAGAAGCUCUGCACUUGCUUCAUGAGAGGAAAGAUGGAUAUGACAUUGUCAUCAGUGAUGUCAACAUGCCUGACGUGGAUGUGAUGUCUGUUGAUGGAGAAAAAAGAUGGCUUAUGAGAGGUGUUCAACAUGGAGCCUGUGAUUAUCUUCUUAAGCCAAUACGAAUGAAAGAGCUUCGGAAUAUAUGGCAGCAUGCAUUCAGAAAGAAAAUUCUUGAAGAAAUGGAAACUAUGCAAAUGACUAUAAAUGGACUAGAUCAGCUCAACAAUGGCUUGUUUUGUGGAGAAGAUCUGACUUCAAUCAAGAAAAGAAAAGAAAAGAUACUGAAAGCAAACAUGAUCACAGAUAUCCUGCUACAAAUUUUGAGUCAAAGCGAAGUUGGUCCAAAGAAAAUCCUCGACUUGAUGAGUGUCCCAUGGUUGACAAGAGAAAAUGUUGCACGCCACUUGGAGGUAUUCCUUGCUGAAAAAUACCUACACUAUUUGAGUAGAUUGGAGAGGGAAGAAGAGCUGAAAACUUGCGUUGGUGGGAUAAAGCAUUCAGACUCACCCGUGACAGGUUAUGUUACCAUUAGUACUCAGAACUUGAUCAACAUGCAACAUCUUGAUGUUAAAAAGCGCAACUGUGGAUUUCCAGGCACUGGUUUACAAGUCCAAAAUAUGGAGCCUAGAAACCAUGGCAGCGAGGCAAAGUUAAGAUUUAUGCAGAACGCAAAAGAACUUUAG